AUGUUACAACAGCCGCAAUCAAAUGUGUUCCAUCGAGCAGGGAUGGAUUUUUUAGCCGUAGAAGAAGGACCUGCGACCUUGAGGACCUACUCCGUGGGUAACGUGGCUCACGAUUACCUGGACGUUCAUGUACCACCGAAGCCUGAAGAACCGCUGAAUUGUUGUCAGAGUGGUUGUCCUAUUUGUGUUUGGGACAUUUAUGCCGAUGAUCUGAGAGAAUACCAAGAUGCACGGAUUCGGGCAAAAAAGGCUUUUAUCGAACGGAAAAUGGCUGUUCCUACAGAAUUGAAAGACCAGCAGCUCAAUGCAAAAGAUCCACUUGAACAACUACCGCCAUCAAUCCAUGCUUUUGUUGAUUUGGAAAAGAGGUUAGCGAAGAAGAAAUUGGAGAACGAUAGCUAA